UGUCUGCUGUGUUGCAGCUUCACUCAGAGACAGCAUGGCUUCCAGGUUGGAGGAAGAUCUCUGCUGUCCGGUCUGUAAGGACGUCUUUAGAGAUCCUGUCUUCCUGCCCUGCUGCCACAGCUUCUGUAAAGCCUGUCUGCAGACCUGGUGGACGGGGAAAGAAGUACAGGAGUGUCCAGUCUGUAAAACAGAAUCUUCAAGAAGAAAUCCCCCCUGUAACCUGGCUUUAAAGAACCUGAGUGAGACCUUCUUACAGGAGAGAGAUCAAAACCACAGAUUCAGACCCAUGGAUGAAGCUGUUCAGGAUCUCAGGGAGGAGCUCCAGAAAGCUCUGCAGCCCUUUCAGGAGAAACUGAAGCUCUUUGAAGAAGUUAAAGUGGAGUUUGAUCUAACAGCAGGACACAUGAAGGUCCAGGCUCAACACACAGAGACGCAGAUCAAGGAGCAGUUUAAGAAGCUUCACCAGUUUCUAGAAGAGGAAGAGGAGGCCAGGAUGGCUGCACUGAGGGAGGAAGAUGAGCAGAAGAGGAGGAUGAUGGAGGAGAAGAUGGAGGCUGUGAGCAGAGAGAUAGCAGCUCUUUCACACACAGUCAGAGCCACAGAGAAGGAGCUGAGAGCUGGAGACGUCUCCUUCCUGCUCAACUACAAGGCUGCAGUGGAGAGGCUGCAGCGCCCCCUGCUGGAGGAUCCUCAGCUGCCCUCAGGAGCUCUGAUAGACCAGGCCACACACCUGGGCAACCUCAGCUUCAACAUCUGGAGCAAGAUGAAGGACAUGGUGUCCUACUCUCCUCUCAUCCUGGACCCAAACACUGCUCAUAGAGGACUCGUCCUGUCUGAAGAUCUGACCAGAGUGAGACGAGGAGUAGAGGAGGAAGAAGAGGGAGAGGAGGAAGAAGAGGAAGAGGAGGAAGAGGAAGAGGCGGAACAGAAACUUCCUGAUAAUCCAGAGAGGUUUGAUUCUGACUGGUCUGUCCUGGGCUCUGAGGGCUUUAACUCAGGGACUCACAGCUGGGAUGUCCAGGUUACAGACAGUACAUUCUGGACACUGGGUGUGUUGGCAGAGUCUGUCCAGAGGAAGAGAAGCAUGUGGUCUGGAUCAUGGGGAAUAUUAUUCUCUGAAGGUGAAUACUCAGCAUGGUCAGCUUCAGAUCUAUCCACUCCUCUCAGCCUGCAGCAGGAGCUCCAGAGGCUCAGAGUGAAUCUGGACUGGAACAGAGGAGAGUUGUCGUUCUCUGAUCCUGACACUAACACACACAUACACACCUUCUCACACACUUUCACUGAGAAGAUGUUUCCAUACUUUAACACUGUGGGUGAAGUGAAGAUAUUACCGCUGAAGGUGUGUGUGACAGUGGAGCAGAGCAGGUAGAGAUCAACGGGAUCAUUAUAUCUAUGAUGUUUAUCUCUUAAAGCAGGCGUGUGCAAACUUUUUUUCAAAGAGGACCUUGUUAUAAAUUGUUCAUUUGUGAUUUGUGCAUGAUGGGAAAAUAAAUAAAUAAUAUGUUUAAUUCAACUGCAAGUUUGAGCAGCGAAUCAUUUAUCAGAUCCAAAAUCAAAUGCAUUUUAA